GCACACUUUGUGAGUUUUGGGGGAUUGUUGCGUGUGAUAACGGGGCUCAAAAGUGGCUCCCCGGCCCGGCGGACGCUCAGUUAUCCCCGUCCAUCUCCGGAAAGAUGACGGGGUCCGCGGCGCGGGGCACGGAGCCUGCCUGCGGCGGCGCCACCCCGGGGGCUCUCCAGCCCUGCGUCCUUGGAACCGUCCGGGUGGCGGUGGCCUUCCUGCUGCUCCUGUUCUCCGGUGGAGGAUUCUGCGAGAAGCCAGAUACCUGUGAGCCACCACCAACUUUUGAAGGGAUGGAGCCCCUUGAAAAAUUUAAACCUUCCUACAAGGUUGGGGAAGAAGUGCUAUACAAGUGCAAAAGAGGUUACUCCGUUGUGUUUUCCUUGCCCAUGGCUACCACUUGUGACAAGAAUCUGACGUGGACAACAAUUAGAGAUAUCAUUUGUGGGAGAAAUUUGUGUAACACUCUACAGAACCCUGAAUCUGGCUGGAUCUACUAUCCCAGUGGAACCUGGGCUUGGGGUAACCAGGCCCACUUUGUUUGCAAGCAGGGAUAUUACUUAAUUGGUCCAGAAACUCUACACUGUACGCUUAAUAAAGAUGCUGAACCUGUUUGGAGUGAAACUGCCCCACGAUGUGAAAAGAUCCUUUGUACACCACCUCCCAAAAUUAAAAACGGAACACACACUUUCACUGAUAUCGAUGUGUUUAACUUCCGUGAAGCCGUCACUUACAGUUGUGAUCAGCUCCCUGGACCAGAUCAGUUCUCUCUAGUUGGCCAGAAGAUGCUGUAUUGUGCAGGCAAUGGGGUGUGGAGCAGUGACCCUCCGGAGUGCAAAGUGGUCAAAUGUCCAUUUCCUAUACUUUUAAAUGGAGAAAUUACCUCGGGAUUUGAAAAAAACUUUUCCUACCAGGCAACCAUUACAAUUGAGUGCAAAGAAGGUUUUUACCAUAAUGGCACCAACACAUUUGUCUGUAGUGGAAAUAGUACUUGGGAUCCCCCAAUACCAAGCUGCCAUAAAGGUUCUAGACCUACUCAUCCCAAGAAGCCCCUGGUGUAUAAAUAUCCAGGAUAUCCGGAACCCAGGGGAGGACUCUUUGACCAAGAACUAGAGACCAAUGGUGAGCAUUUGUGUCUAGAUGUGGAUGUGUUCACCACCUUCUGUUCUUAUUUUUCCUUAGAUGCAUGGAUCAUUGCUCUGAUUAUUCUUAUUUUCAUUGUUUCGAUUGCUAUCGUUUGUCUCUGCCUGUACAGAUUUCUUGACCAGAGAAAGAAAGGAGUGAAGCCAAGUAAAAGCAGUAGUGUGGCCCUGGAAGCUAAAAGUUCCAGGGUUAUCAGUACACCGUCAACUCAAAAAGUCUCCAAUCCCGAGUGAUAUAUGCAGAAACAUCACUUCGAAGAGUUCAAAGAUUUUAAGUUAAUGCGCCAGGGUGCGGUGAUGAAGA